AUCAUCUAUUGGUUCGACAACGCCCCGCCCCCAGGAAGUGAAACAGACGCGGGAGAAGAAACGCGCGUGCUUCGUGUUGUGCAACAGUAUUACGUCUGUAAUCGCAAAGCUGCAUGCUUUUUUAUUUAUAAUUUUAUAAACAUUUAAUCGGACUAAAAUUGAUCGGAACCAUGUGCACAACGGUUUGUUUUUAUAUUUAGUAUAGGUUUUGAGAGCAAAGUUAUGCAGUGAUUACGUGACUCUUCACGUCGUUUAUAAAUAAAGUUAACUUGUAGAUCCGUUGCCAUGAGCAGGUUGAGAUCUGCUAUGCAGAGGGGGAAAAGUGUGGUUUUGGAGAAUACCGAGGUGAUAAAGUCCAGCAAUACAAAGAAAUCAAAGCUACCGUUAAAGAAGAGGAACCAUCUGUAUUAGAAUCAUCAUCAUAUCACUUUUUCAAUGAUCCAUCUGAAAUUUCUGCAUACCGAUCACAACUAUUACACUGGUAUGAUCACAACAAACGAGACCUACCCUGGAGGACAGUGGCUAUGACAGAACCAGAUGUUAAUAUCAGGACAUAUGCAGUGUGGGUCUCAGAAAUCAUGUUACAACAGACACAAGUUGCCACUGUGAUAGACUACUAUAACAGGUGGAUGAAGAGAUGGCCGACUGUGGAAAAACUUGCUGCAGCUACAUUGGAGGAAGUAAACCAAAUGUGGGCGGGUCUUGGAUAUUACUCUCGGGGCCGUAGGCUUCAUGAAGGAGCUAAAAAAGUAGUAUCAGAGCUGGAUGGACAGAUGCCGAGGACCACAGAGGGACUUUUAAAACUUCUGCCUGGGGUUGGACGUUACACAGCAGGGGCAAUUGGCUCUAUAGCACUUGGACAGGUCACAGGUGCAGUUGAUGGGAAUGUCAUUCGAGUUCUGUGCCGUGUUCGGGCCAUAGGAGCAGAGAGCACCGGUCCUUCUGUGACAGAGGCCUUGUGGAAAAUUGCAGACACACUUGUGGACCUAGAGAGACCUGGGGAUUUUAAUCAAGCCAUGAUGGAACUAGGGGCUAAAGUUUGCACCCCGAAAUCUCCGCUUUGCAGCCAGUGUCCCAUUCAGACCAACUGCCAUGCCUUUAGAAAGGUGAGCAUUAAACAAGAGAAGGACUCCAAAACACUUCAAAAACUCACGUCAAAACUCAACACCUCAGUUCCUGACAUAGAAAAUUGUUUGACUGCUGGCAGUUGUAAUUUGUGUCUGUCUGAGGACUGGGACUCCCAACUGGGGGUGCAGAAUUAUCCAAGAAAGCCUGUCAAAAAGCCUUCACGUGUGGAGAAAACUUUAACCUGUAUAGUACAACAUCAGAAAGGAGAAGAGACUGAAUAUCUGCUCACUCAAAGACCAAGCAAAGGACUCUUGGCAGGCAUGUGGGAGCUACCCAGCAUGAUCUUGGACGCCGAACUCUCUGAAAACAAACAAAGAGGUUUGUUAUGUACCAUGAUGCAAAGAUUUUUGGAAACAUCACUAGACAGAGACUCGUUUCAGUUUGUUGGAGAGGUGGUUCAUAUUUUUUCCCACAUCCAUCAAACCUAUAUUGUGUUUUCCGUGUGUGUAUCCGACUGCUCGGAGAGAGAACAGGAGCAGAAAACAUGCUGGCUCACUAAAUCUGACCUGCAGGGGGCAGCAGUAUCCACUGGGCUUAAAAAGAUUAUGAAGCUCUAUGAAUCCUCAACCAAAGUAAACAGCAGGGAUAUAAAGAGAAAACUCACCCCUGGGAAAGAGAAACAGUCUAACAAAAUAAAAAAGUUUAAGGAUGGUGCUAUUAAUGGAGGACCCAAACAACUCAGCCUCAGUCAAUUCUUCUCUACCUCAAAGACAGAAGCCAAAAUUGAUACCCAAAACACUUGACUAAAACUGGUUUAUGUAUUAAGUUCUUGUGGCGUUACAUUUUAUUUUUAUAUGUGGUCAUGAUGUAUAUUUAAUAUAGUGUGUUAGAAUCUGUUUUUUUAAUAAUAUGUUUUUUUAUU